UAUUGCAUUGCAAUAUAGACUCGGAUCCCGGGCGGGCAAGUCAGUUUUUCCGGACUCAAGCAUGGAGAUCGUCGCAACUAUCAUAGCCCUGUUCGCUUGGGUUCAGCUCGGAAAUGGUCAAGAAGGUGUAUCAUUCCUUGAACCAACUUGUGGCAUUGCGUUUGCACCGACGUCCCGAAUACUGGGCGGCCAGACGGCAGACAUGUUCGAGCACCCAUGGAUGGCCUUUAUAAGCAGUGAUGUCUCCUGCGGAGGUUCGCUUAUCACACACCGUUUUGUGCUAAGUGCUGCACAUUGCGUACGUAACCACCCAACAGUGGUUCACCUGGGGGACUACGAUAGGUCGGGAGACGCGUACAUUUGCAAAGAAAACGUCUGCAAGCCAAGGACCAUCAAGAUUCCCGUCGAUGCUCAAUUCGUUCACCCGGGAUUUGUUAAUCCAUACGCUAAUGACAUAGCCCUGCUUCGUCUGGCCUGGAGUGUGGAGUUUUCCGACUUCAUUAGGCCAAUCUGCCUGGUGACCAACUAUGAUCCCUUGCCGCAAAUGAAGUUCUUUACUGUCACCGGUUGGGGUAAAACGGAACACGGCACUCCAAGCUCCGUACUGAAGAUCACAAACCUGAUGCAAGUGGAUCGCUCGAAUUGCCAACACUACCGCAGAAGGAUAGAUAUGUCGCACAUUUGUGGCGGAGACCGCGAUUCAGCUGUUUGCAAUGGCGACUCCGGGGGUCCGGCCUUCAGUAGAUUUCAAAUAAACGGUUACACGCGGGUUGUCCAGGUUGCACUCGUCAGCUACGGGGAUAGAGAGUGCAGGCAGUGGGCGGUCUUCACGAAUGUGGUGUACCACAUGAACUGGAUCAUACAAACCAUAAGACAAAACCAAUGAAAAGAUCAUUCAUUCAGUUCUAUAAUCAUAAUCAGUCCGUGGUCGAAGCAUCUGGCUAAAUAAAAGCAGGGUUAAAAAUGAAAA